AUGAAUGCAAACACAGAUAGAGAAGCCGUUGCCAAAGCCGUACUCAGAAGCGAAUGUGACAAUUAUUUUUACGAGUACCUGAUACGGAGAAGGAAGCAAGCUUCUUUCGUGAAAGAAAUUCAAGUCGAACAUAGUUCCUAUUGUGCUACACUACAUAAAUUUAAGAGCGAUCAUGAACUCGGAGUCAACGUACAAAGUGCUUUGGACGCGUUUGAGUUAUGGCUUUUACCGAGUAAGAGCAUCUUCGGUUGCUCUUAUGAUAAACUUAGGUUUGGGCUUUAUCUAGCAAGAGCAUCUUCGGAGGAAAAAAAAUCUUCAAUAGUGACCAAUUUUUGGAAGGAAAUCCAAAGCUUACAAGAGGAAGAAAAUGCUAUUCGAUCCGCCUCAUUGGGGCACCUCAACAUAUUCGGGACAACGCUAACUCAAUAUGCAAAUAGAAUUGAAAGUACAAAUUUAUUUCAUCAUCAGCUAGAAGUUCAACAAAAAUUACCGGAAUCUAAUAUAAUGCGAAAUGAAAAUCAAGACCAUCAUGAAGAUAGACUAUUAACCAAUGUUACGGAUGAUUAUUUACAAGAAGCAGUGGAAUCCAUGGUCGGAAAAGUGGGAAGUAACAUAUUGAAAGUAGAUAAUGUAAAUUUGGAAGAAAUUUUCGAAAAGUACCGCGAUGAGUGUGAAAGUGAAUUUGAUGAUAUUAUGGAUUUGAGGCCCACUUCACAGUUGACAAAAAUUAUUCCCGAAGUGACGUGGGAAAAAUUUAUCUUGGAUACAUACCCUGAUCAUAAAAUAUCAGAAAAAUGGGAAGAAUUAAUUCAAGGUUUUUUUAAGCCAAAAAAUUCCCUAACCGAAUGGGAGAAAGCCUGGCGCGGACUUUUUGACGGAAAAGAAAGUAGUGAAGAUCUGGUGAUAAAAGAAACAUUAUACAAUAUUCUCUCUCCAUACAUUGAAGCUUUUAAAGCACCGUUUAAUAUACUAAAGUCCGGUGAUCUGGAGGAAAACCAAUUUAAUUCACAAUUUGUAAGUCCCAUUUUAAAAAAUACGCUCAAUGCUACUUGUAAUAUGGAUUUGAGAAUUCUCGAGGUUCCAAUCAGAAGUAGCAAAUAUCGACGCAAUUCUGAUAUCAACCCAUUCGUUGAUAAAGUUUUGAGUGCAAAACGUGCGGAUGGCCUGGCACGUCGAUGGCAAAGCCAGGAAGAAACAUUCGUAUAUGAACAGACAGGAGGACCAGAUGUUGAUGAUGUUACCGAUUUUUACGUCCACGAUUACAAAUUGGUGCGAACCAUCAGAACAAAGUCAUCAUUUAAUCUAAAUUUUGAAAAGCCAAAAAACAAUGGGAAAAUAUUUUUUGAUUGGAUGGAUAUGCGUGAUGUGUUGAAUCAACGAAUUAUUCUUCGGCUCAAUGACGGUAUAAAAGAUUGUAACAACUUGGCUAGUUUCGGUGCUCUGGGGCAUCGUGAUGAAGUAUUUCUGUUUUGGUGCACGAUACACCUAAGAUCUUAUUGUUUACGCGAAUAUGGAAGUUUUCACAUACCCACAAUAUGGCAAGAUCUCCCCUCUCUAUCUGAGGCAGUAAUAACAUGCUUAAAGUUUUUUUCUUUCAUGAAAAACAACAUCACAAGAAUUGAGUCACAUGCCGGACAAAAAAAGAAAUUACUUUCCAAGCGAAAGAUUCACACAGUGACGCCAAAUCCACCAACUCCCGAUAAAACAAAAAAACAAAAGAAAUAA